CUGUUAGCACAACGAGACCAAGAAUAUUAUAAAGUGAAGGAACGAGUAUGAAAGAUUCUCUGCCAUUACCAGAAAACUUCUAGCAAGUAGAAGCAUGGCUGAACUAGCGCUGAAGGUUUGUCAAAUAUCGCAGCUCAUUGGGCCUCGCAGUGAAGCUGAGUGGUGAGCAGAACAGAGCAACUUGGUCUUCACAAGAAAAGUUUGAAUGCGGAUAUACAAUCCCAGGACAAAGACUCACUGCUCUCUCCUCUGAAGUUUCAAAGUCCUUUUGCCAUUGUGGGAUCUCCAGUUUCUCUUGAAUUUGUAUCAACCUCAGAGGCUUCCAUUGCUCCUCCACCCCUUCCCAGCAAGCUAUGAACUGAAAUGCUUUCAAUUUGAUGGAAACUGAUACCUGUUAAGGAGAAGGACCUUUCCCUGUACUUCCUCCAGUAUCAGUUGGACCACCUCAUCUGUUGCUAGAACACAAGGAAUGUACUGCCAUGGCGACUGCAAUUGAACAAAAUGAACUUGUAUUUGAGUUUGCGAAUAAUGGCAUGGAAGAUACACAGGAGGUUCUAUCAACAUCUAUCGUAGAUCUAUAUCGCUGAAAGAAGGCUGGAUGAUAUAAAAGAUCAGACCUCCAAGUGAGAUGAUAAAUGCACACAGGGCAUGUUUGUGUUUUAGUAUUCUUUGUCUUGGCAGUUCUUGUAUUUUCCCUGCUGUCAUUGUGGAGCAAGUACCCAAUGCAGACCUGCUGCAGGAAUAUUCUGGUCUUGCUUGUGAUGAGGAAACUAAUGGAAUGAUUAAUGACAGUUCACUGGAUGUCGUCGAAGAACAGGUUAUUGGAGAGGACAUCACACUUUCAGUGGAGGCUUCCUGUCAAAAUGGAGAUGAAACAAUGGAGACUAUUGAGGCUGCUGAGGCACUGCUCAAUAUGGAUUCGCCUGGACCUGCCUUUGAAGAGAAGAGGAUAACUCGCGUGUUCAUGCCAUCAGCCAGUGGGAUGGUCACGGCUCCCGUCACCCACAUCUCUGUGCGGGCAGAUGGAGUUCCUGAGGUGGUGGAGAACGCACAGGAGAUUAUAUUGAUGCAGGAAGCUGCUCACCAGGAUGAUGGCAGUGAAUCAUUGGAGCAGACCAAAAAAAGGAAAGGACGGAAACCCAAAGCUCGACGACCAGUCUCACCAGUGACAAAUCCAGACUUCCCUGUGAAAAGGAAAAGCAAAGAUGGCAAAGGAAACACAAUCUACCUCUGGGAAUUCUUGCUGGCUUUGCUUCAGGACAAGAGCACGUGUCCGCGGUACAUCAAAUGGACUCAAAGGGAGAAGGGCAUCUUCAAACUGGUUGACUCAAAAGCUGUGUCCAGACUCUGGGGCAAACACAAAAAUAAACCAGACAUGAACUACGAGACUAUGGGUAGAGCUCUCAGGUAUUAUUACCAAAGAGGAAUCCUUGCCAAGGUGGAGGGCCAGCGUUUAGUCUAUCAGUUUAAGGAAAUGCCCAAGAACCUAGUGAACAUUGAUGAUGAUGACCCCAGCUCCAGUUCUGUAACCCAGGAUAAUCCUCCUAAUCUUUCAGCCUAUGUGCUUCCUGCAGCUUCAGCAGCACGUUCGUCCGCAACUGUCCCACAAUCAGUAGUUGCAAGUAGUAUCCAAACCCAGCAAUCCAGGGUUACUUCACGUGUAAUGUCAGGUGCCAAGAAAGCUUCACUUCAGCCCAUUACUGUAGUCAAGUCCCUAAAGGCAACAGUCGGGGAGACAGUGCAACGGUCAGUGCAUCUACUGCCACCAGAAAUGCUGAAAGGUGUUCAGACCAUUCAAAAGGUGCAGCCAACCAGUGUUCUCAAGACUGUACAGGUUGUACAGUCAGCUCCGCCUCUUGAAGGACAAAAGGUCAUCACCAGAAACAUACCAGUCUCAGCACCGAUGACUGCGCCAGCACAGUCAGUGAGAACAAUAAAGGUUUCGUCACAGGUUCCAGUAGUUGUGUCGCCAGGAACUCAACGAGUUGGUACCGUCACGUUACAAACUGUCCCCCUAACAACUGUGAUCACAAGCACUGAUUUAGCAAUGUCUUCUCCCAAGUUUGUUUUCCAAACAGUUCCAUCUUCUCAUCCAGUGACUGUGUUGAAAGAAAAUGUUGCUUUGCAAGGGGGUUCGCUUUCUGCGAAGAUAGUUACACCAACGUCUCUUGCUGUCCGUGGUACCAGCGAACAGCAAGUUCUUCCGACCAGCCCACAGGUACUAAAUAAUGGAACACAAGCUAUGUCAUCGUCUACCGCAAUAAGUGCUGCCACGCCUGUGGUGACCUUCGCAGCCACCAGUCAGCAGGUUGUGAGCCAACCACAAGGCACAGUUUUUGCAUCUGUGAUCAAAGCACCAGAGACUAAACAAGCUGUGGCCAGUCAGGAAUGUCAGGAAGAAGCUGCAGGAACCAGCCAGCAAGGCGAGCAUACAUCCCAGCAGUCCCAUGUUAUAGUGCUAACAAAUGCGGGUAUGCUUCCCAGCCACAUGGUAUUCAGAGCAGGGGAGCACAGGGUAGUGGACAUCCAAUGACCCUGUGCCCUUCCUCAUCCCCAAUCCCACUUUUUUUUAAACUGGAUCUACAAAAAUGUAAUUUCAGAGUGGUUUACUUGAAGUACUUUCAACUCAUCCUAUAUCUAGUUUAAAGUUGUAAAUAGAAGGUUGCAGAUAAUAGGUGCUACUAAACCUGUGGUGUUGGGGGGGGGCGGUGUUGCUGGUGGUGGAUGAUGUUAGAAACAUUAUCUUAGGAGAACUAUUGCUAUUUUGGAUGUUUCUUAUUUGUUUUUGUAUAACUUUGUUAUUAGAGAAGUUUGGAGUGGUGAAAGUUGAAUUUCUUACACUUCCUUAAAGCACACUACCCUGCAUCUAACCUAUAAUUUUAUCCUGACAAACUGUAAUUGUAUGUAUGUAGCCAUUCUGAGUUGCCACAGUACAGCCUUUGCAUUGGAAGUUCCAUUUUGCUCACAUUGGAAUGGUUUGCGUUGAAGAUUAUUACUUGUGAAUGCGGACUCUUACUUGUGAAUGCGGACUCUAUCAGUAAAGUUCAAGAGUACUUCAAUUAAGCUUAAAAGCUAGCCCUGUUACAUACCUUGAUACGGAUGUGUAAAUUUCAUCAUCACUUAACUAUGAAAUCCUUUAUUUGCUAACCUGAUGGAUUUAAAAUGAAAGCUGAAGCGUCAGAAUACUCAAGUUGUUUCAUUAUGAUCUUCAUUCUUCUCUCUUUAUUGUAAAUGUGUACAAUCUUUACUGGGAGUCAAAUGGGUAAGGGAAGGAUAUAGUAUUUACUUGUUAGGGAAGCUUUUAUUGCUUUUUUUAAUCAUUUAAGGGUUUUUUAUUCACAGUGGAAACCUUCAGCUCAACAGUGUAAAUAUUAGAAAACGUUUUCUUUCUUUGCUUUUGUAAAUAAUAUAUAUGUUCUAUUUUUGAGGUUGAAACAAUAUUUGAAAAUUCUGAUUGCCAGCUUUUUAAAAAAAACUGAGGUACAUUUUAUAUCGUUUUUGAGUUAAUAAAGCCCAGUGGCAUCUCAAAGCUCGAAAGCAAAAAAUAAACCAUUUUAGUUGCUAUGUAUUAGUGUGUGUUGUAAUUUUAGUUUGUGUGUGAACUUAUGUUUGUUGUAUGUCAAAUGAAGAGCCCCUUUGUUGAAUUGUAAAUCCUUUUAUUCAAAGUUGUACUAAUUAAUUAUUAGCAAUUAUAAAACAUUGUUAUAAUA